AUGUAUCCUUUGGAGGUAUUUGGUGUGUCUCUUUUGAUCACCGUGAGAGGUCGGCCAGUUAUGGCCUCUUAUGUAUACAGCAAGAGUGUUAAAAGUCAAGCUCUAGCUCUCGUCCCCGAAACCAUUUCUCGCGACAAAAAUCGCAACGAAACGAAGAUAAAUCUUAAGGAGAAGUGUCGAGCGAGGAAGAGUAAUUGCCCUGACGACGCCGCCCCCUGCUGGCCACGACGCCGCCCCCUGCUGGCCACGACGCCGCCCCCUGCUGGCCACGACGCCGCUCCCUGCUGGCCACGACGCCGCCCCCUGCUGGCCACGACGCCGCCCCCUGCUGGCCACGACGCCGCCCCCUGCUGGCCACGACGCCGCCCCCUGCUGGCCACGACGCCGCUCCCUGCUGGCCAUGACGCCGCCCCCUGCUGGCCACGACGCCGCCCCCUGCUGGCCACGACGCCGCCCCUGCUGGCCACGACGCCGCCCCCUGCUGGCCACGACGCCGCCCCCUGCUGGCCACGACGCCGCCCCCUGCUGGCCACGACGCCGCCCCCUGCUGGCCACGACGCCGCCCCCUGCUGGCCACGACGCCGCCCCCUGCUGGCCACGACGCCGCCCCCUGCUGGCCACGACGCCGCCCCCUGCUGGCCACGACGCCGCCCCCUGCUGGCCACGACGCCGCCCCCUGCUGGCCACGACGCCGCCCCUGCUGGCCACGACGCCGCCCCUGCUGGCCACGACGCCGCCCCCUGCUGGCCACGACGCCGCCCCCUGCUGGCCACGACGCCGCCCCUGCUGGCCACGACGCCGCCCCUGCUGGCCACGACGCCGCCCCCUGCUGGCCACGACGCCGCCCCUGCUGGCCACGACGCCGCCCCCUGCUGGCCACGACGCCGCCCCCUGCUGGCCACGACGCCGCCCCCUGCUGGCCACGACGCCGCCCCUGCUGGCCACGACGCCGCCCCCUGCUGGCCACGACGCCGCCCCCUGCUGGCCACGACGCCGCCCCUGCUGGCCACGACGCCGCCCCUGCUGGCCACGACGCCGCCCCUGCUGGCCACGACGCCGCCCCUGCUGGCCACGACGCCGCCCCCUGCUGGCCACGACGCCGCCCCUGCUGGCCACGACGCCGCCCCUGCUGGCCACGACGCCGCCCCUGCUGGCCACGACGCCGCCCCCUGCUGGCCACGACGCCGCCCCUGCUGGCCACGACGCCGCCCCCUGCUGGCCACGACGCCGCCCCUGCUGGCCACGACGCCGCCCCCUGCUGGCCACGACGCCGCCCCUGCUGGCCACGACGCCGCCCCCUGCUGGCCACGACGCCGCCCCUGCUGGCCACGACGCCGCCCCCUGCUGGCCACGACGCCGCCCCCUGCUGGCCACGACGCCGCCCCCUGCUGGCCACGACGCCGCCCCCUGCUGGCCACGACGCCGCCCCUGCUGGCCACGACGCCGCCCCUGCUGGCCACGACGCCGCCCCCUGCUGGCCACGACGCCGCCCCCUGCUGGCCACGACGCCGCCCCCUGCUGGCCACGACGCCGCCCCUGCUGGCCACGACGCCGCCCCUGCUGGCCACGACGCCGCCCCUGCUGGCCACUCUUACUCUCCCGCUACCAAACACCAGGGAACACGCAUUUCCAACGCCGGCCAGCGACCAAUGGGCCUCUGGGACGCCUGACGACGACCAAUGGCCCUUAGGGACGCCUGACAACGACCAAUGGCCCUUAGGGACGCCUGACAACGACCAAUGGCCCUUAGGGACGCCAGACAACGACCAAUGGCCCUCAGGGACGCCAGACAACGACCAUGGCCCUUAG